AUGGCGGAGGAGGAGAAGCUGCCCGCGGGCUGGGAGAAGCGGAUGAGCCGCAGCUCCGGCCGCGUCUACUACUUCAACCACCUCACGAACGCGAGCCAGUGGGAGCGCCCGAGCGGCGGGCGCAACGGCCCCGGCGAGCCGGCCCGCGUGCGCUGCUCCCACCUCCUGGUGAAGCACAACCAGUCGCGGCGCCCCUCGUCCUGGCGCCAGGAGAAGAUCACGCGGAGCAAGGACGAGGCCCUGGAGCUGAUAAACGGCUACAUCCAGAAGAUAAAAUCGGGAGAAGAGGACUUUGAAUCCCUUGCUUCCCAGUUCAGCGACUGCAGCUCGGCGAAAGCGGGAGGGGACCUGGGUGCGUUUGGAAGAGGGCAGAUGCAGAAGCCUUUCGAAGACGCCUCGUUUGCGCUGAGGGCCGGCGAGAUGAGCGGGCCGGUUUUCACAGAUUCAGGGAUCCACAUCAUCCUCCGCACAGAGUGAAGUGCCUUGGCGACACGGAGAAAGGAAAGGGCGAGGGGAAGAAAGGAGGAAAAAAACCCCACUCCAACCCUGCACUCUCCCAGAUGAACUUCAUAUCCAGUUAAAAAAAAAGCUCAUUUCAUAUCUCGGUAUCUUCUGUGGCACCUGACACGAUGGUUUUUGCCUGCAGAGGUGCCUGGUUAGCCAGGGGGGAGAACGGCAUCCAAACGAGACAGUCGCRUCCUUCCGGAGCGGAGAGAAUGUUGGAAAACACAACUCGGGCCCCGCCACGGCUGCGCGAGUUCUGGUGACGGGCCCCUCGGCGAGGACUUGUCCAUGCUGAAGGUGACACCUCAGCGCUUCCCACGGGAGAGCUCCGGAGUAUUUAUUGCAGCCAAGGCAACCUGUGGACUCCGGCGCUCUGGUGGCAGGAGCUCCCAACCCCUCUGCAUGUUUGCUCCGCUUCCCGGUAUCCCCCGUGAGAUGCGUUCGCUCCGCAGCCCGGCCCGCUGGUUUGUAGCAACGACUGCCCRAAGCCGUUCGGGAACGGCCUGUCCGUUGGGGAGCGCCGGCGUCCGCCUGUAGCUUCCCUCGGCGCGGCUGGGAACACCGCUCCGUCCUGUUGCUCGCGCUCCCAAAGGCUCGAGCGCAAACGAGGGCUUGGUGGCCAGGAAUUCCCGGCGCACGGAGGCCGGGAGCCGCUCCGGAGCGGCACUCCGUGCCUCGGGCCGGCCCCGGGAUUCUCCGUCCUGGCUAGAAGGCUCAUUCCCCGAGCUCCUCUCCAUCCGCUCGUGGUUUCCACGCUGUAAGUCAUUGUUUUCCGGUUGCGCCGCAUCGCUUAMGUUUAGUAAAAUAAAACCUGAAUAAUAAUUAAAAAAAAAGAAAAAAAAAAAAGCCCAGCUUUCAUCCGACGCAAACAAGCUGUAGAGUUCCCGUUCUCUUCCGCAGACAAUAAAGCCCUCUCCAAUCCAA